AUGUAUGGUCGUGUGAUGGGAAAAAGAUUCGAUGCACAUUUCUUCCAAGAAUACGCGGCAGACAAAGGAACACGUGGUUGUACUUCUCUGCUGGCAUGGGAUAUGAACAUGGGACCACAAUCCGGUUGUACAUAUGCCAAUUGGCAACGAGGAUUUGGUGAUUUUCAUUUAGUACCUGAUUCGACAUCAUUGCGAUUGAUGUCGUGGCACAACAAAACUGAAACUGUGAUAUGUGAUAUUUAUGAUGAUAAAGAAAAUGAUCACAUUCUUGUGCCGUAUGCACAACGCAGUAUUUUACGAAACCAAAUUGAAGCAGCAUCAAAGCUAUCUUACAAAGUACUUAGUGCAAGUGAAUUGGAAUAUUAUACUUAUGAAAAUAGUGACUAUCCUGAAGAUUAUCAUUUACUGCAAGCAGCUCGUGGAGAAAAAUAUACUGAAACAUUUCGACAUCAUCUCAAGGCCAGUGGUAUUCCUGUAGAAACAGUAAAGGUGAAGCUGGAAUUAGACAACAUGAAACUUCGAGGUAUUGCUGAUCAACUUGAACCACCACCGGUUUUCGAAGGUGAUAUUUAUCAGGCAAGAGAAGUUCCUCAAGCAUCUCGAGCAUUGAAAGAAGCUAUUCAUGUCUUUGAAAAUAGUAAUUUUGUACGAGAAGCAUUUGGUGAAGAUGUUGUCAAUCAUUAUCUCAACUUCUAUCGGCUGGAGCAAGCAGCCUUUGAAAAAAGAGUUACUGAUUGGGAACGACGUCGAUACUUUGAACAAAUAUGGAUUCUAUCCUUUUUCAUUUCUUCAUUUAAUCACUUUUCAUCUAAAUUUUUUCUCUAUUUUCAAAUAGCGAUCUAUACACUAAAAUAA